CGUCUUGUCUGCCGGAAAUGUACACAAAGAAGUAGUAAACGGAAGUGAAUCGUGCCCAGGAACAGUUUCGACGUUAACGUUUUGUUGUUAUUUAGACGUUUAUUAACACCCUGGAACUGAAAAUAUCACACACCUACCCCAGGGUAGUGUUUAAUUCGCGUUGAAGACAGGACUUGGUUGAUAGAUGUUAUCUAGGUAAUGCUAACUAUCUAUCCGCUAAGAAUGGCUAACUGUAACGUAAUGGUUUUUCACACUCAAAUAGCCUCCGUUAUGGAGGUGCUAGCGAAUGCAGCCGUGGCAGAGAUCUGUAAACUCGUAGACGACGACUAUGCAGUGUUUCGUUUGGAAAUAACUCAAAGCCAGAAAGAAAACAGGGUAUUGCGGAGGAAACUACAGCUACUGGAACUGAAGGUGGCACGGGAGCGCGCAGAGAGGACAAUACGAGAGCGCGUCCUCGCCAGUCGUCCCAGUAAUGUCAAGAUCCUCGACCGAUACAGAGGAAUGGCAAGAGGUGAAGGACAUCUCACUGGAGGCCACAGGAGCUUUGUGAAGCCAGUGAGAGACAAUACAUGGAGACAUGACCAACCAGUCAUUGUUGAUGAGGGGAGUGGAACCUCAACCCAGCACGUUAUGGUGAUAGAGUCUACAGAUGCAGAGGCUGCAGGUCUUGGGGUGAAGCAGGAGAGGUCUGAAGGAGAGGACCCACGGCACAGCAGAGACAUCCAGACUGGAGCAGCUGGAGCGCACCCUGUAGCCACAGAAGACCCCACCACCACCCCAGCACUGCCCAGGACCCGAUGCAGCAUCACGGAGGUCAGUGGAACGCCGAACGCCAUCCUCAAGACAGAGACUAUAACGGGGCUGAGGCAACUGGGCUAUCCUCCUGCUCCCCGCUCAGAGUAUUUACUUUAUAGUAACCCGAGCCCGAGGACGGUUCUGUCCCAUCGGGAUUUAGGUGACUCGUUACUGACUGGCAAUGAUCCGUCCUGUUCAUACGCUACGGAGACAGAGAUGAUACCUGGUGUCAUGCCUGUGGGUUUAGAUGCACAGACUAAUCCAAUGAGAGGAGACUGGAACCAGUACAGUAGUAGUGUAUACUCUGAAGGGUGCCUAGAUAAGAAAGGGGAGGGUCUGGUCGUAGAUGAGGUGAAAGUGGAGGGUGAAGUUCCUCUGACAUGGAAUGCAGAGUCUAAUUUAGGAGAAGGACACUCGCAGGUCAACACCAGUGACUUCUGGGAUUACAGGGAAAGCUUAGAGACAAAUACAAACUUCACAACCCACUCCCCUUUACACACGCUUAGGGAUCGCGACUCAGUGUCCACGACUAUGGCACCUUCUGAUUCACACGUCCAUGUCCUUUUCGAUCAGGUAUUGAACUCAAACGACAGUGCUAGAUCCCAGUCUCGAAGAGGGAGAGCCACAUCAGGCAAUAGUAAAGAGAAACGGUUCCUCUGCAUGUUCUGUAACAAAGGCUUCAGCAGCCCCCAGAAGGUUGAGAUUCACCAGAGGGUCCACACAGGGGAGAAACCCUACAGCUGUACCCAGUGUCAAAUGCGCUUCGCCCAGGCUUGCAACCUGAAGAGGCACCAGAGGGUCCACAAAAAGAGAGAAAUUCUACAGCUGUCCCCAGUGUGAGAAGAGGUUCUCCCACCAGCACCAUCUGAAUAUGCACCUGAAUGUCCACACGGGAGAGAGGUUGUAACGCCUGUACAUAGGGCUGUUACUGUGUCCUUAUUAACGCCACACUGGCGGAUUGCAGUCAACUUCCACAUGACCAUUGAGUUACGGUAGCUAGGCUACUCCAAAACUGUGCUCUGUAAAUGAACGGUGCUGAUGAGUGUUAGUAGGUUAUCAAACUUGCUUAUGGCUGUCAAGUUGCUAAUGGCCUGGUACUCAGCGCUCUAGUGUCCCUCUAAUCACUUUGACAUAAAAGCUAUCAAAAAUCGCAUCAAAGAUUUUGCAGAUUAUUCAAAUUAAACCAUGGAGUUCACAAUAGCAGCAAAAUAAUGUGUUGCAUUCUGAAAACGCAGGUGUAUUGACCAUGACAUUCAAUUUCAAGUUCCACAUUUUUAUAUUUAAAUAGACUCUGCUUUUAUCUGAAAUGUUUCAUCCAUUUUAUUACGCUAAUUAAAUUAGCAUAAUAAAGGGGUUAACUGGUUAGGACAGGGGUUAACUGGUUAGGACAGCUCAUGAGGUCUCCUAAGUAACUGUUGUAUGUGGGAUUUUAUUACGAAAGAGGCUUCAUGCAUAGCUUUUAUUUUUACCCAUAAGAGUAGGAGUAUAUGUUUUUGAUACUUAAAGGGGCGUCAAAAUUCAGGAUCAAAUAGCUAAAUUAUUCAUAGUAUGACCAUCUUAAAACAAUUCCAUGUUAGCUUUGAACCCACCCCCAACAACGGUAUAGACUUACAGGGGUUAACUGUUACAUUAACCAGCAGCAUAUUGUAUUAGCAUUCUAGCUAAUGCAUUUGGAGUUUCCUUUUCAUCAGAUGGUAAAUUAGCCCAAAUCUACAUUUCAUAUAUUUGAUCAAUAAGAUGUCCCUACUGUUGGUGUGUCCAAUUGUGAGUGCAUCUGUCAUUUCAACGGAAGAUUGUGGUUACACUAAUGAAGAAUUCAAUCAAAUAAAUUUGAUUCAGAAUGAAUUAAUGAUGCGUGUCAAGAGCUGGUCAUUUAUCUAACACACCUAUUAUUGCGUUCGUAUUUCAUCACCACUGUCCAGUUCAAGCAUAUUAAUUAAGGCUAUACUAUUGUUCAGAUAAUAUAAUAAUUGUAUGUGAUUUAUAAUGACAUAAGAUAAAGAGAACUACAUUUUAACAUAGCAUUCUCUUGAACUGACCUGUAUUUUCCUGCAUUCUAGACACGAUGACUGAGUGGACCCAUGUAUUAAAUGACAGUUUGUUUAGUUAGAAAGCAUGUGAAAUCUAUGUAAAUGCAUAUUUUUGCAUCCAGACAUAAAACGACUGUUACAUAUUGUGUUUGUACUGUGUAGGCUUUACGAUGUUCAGAAAUGCCUAUUUCAUUACUUCCAUUCAACUACUUAAUUUU